UUUUGUUGGAGAGUUGUUUCAGAUUGGCGCCCGUCAGUUAGUCUCCAUUUAGGGCUCACAAAUGAUUUUCAAAUUCGAAAACUGAAUUGUUCGGCACAGCUCACGGAAAACGAUCUCUCGAUCUUGUAAGCCUUCAUAUCUCCAUUUAGGGCUCACAAAUGAUUUUCAAAUUCGAAAACUGAAUUGUUCGGCACAGCUCACGGAAAACGAUCUCUCGAUCUUGUGCCAUGGAUGGGAGCAACCUAGCUUCCGAUGUAGUGAUCGCAGAACUGGUAAGCAUGGGAUUCGAGAUUUCGGAGGCGAGAAAAGCCAUAAAAGAAGUGGGUCCAUCCUUAAACAAUGCAAUUGAUUUCAUUUUGAGUGGAUGCACCAAAGUUUCUUCAAGAAAAGGAGCCUUACCCGACACCGGAGCACAGUCAGUUAGGGGAAUGAGACAAUCGAGCAUCAUGGAUCAUCUGCAAUCUAGCAAGAAGCCUGCUUCCCCGGUCUCAAUACCAUACUCUAACGAAGAUUGGGAAGUUAGAGCUAAUAUGUUGCUGCAGAAGCAUUUCGGUUAUCCAUUGUUAAAGAGAUUCCAAAGGGAAGCUUUGGGAGCUUGGAUAGCCCAAAAAGACUGCCUUGUUCUUGCUGCCACAGGAUCAGGGAAAUCUUUAUGCUUUCAAAUUCCGGCGUUAUUAACCGGGAAGGUCGUGGUGGUGAUUUCGCCGUUGAUAAGUUUGAUGCAUGACCAGUGCUUGAAACUAGCAAAACAUGGCGUGUCUGCUUGUUUUCUUGGAUCUGGACAGAUUGAUCAAAGUGUCCAGCAGAAAGCAAUGAGAGGGAUGUAUGAAAUUAUUUACGUGUGUCCCGAGACGAUCUUGAGAUUGAUAAAACCAUUUGAAAGCCUUGCAGAACAACGUGGAAUUGCUUUAUUUGCAAUUGAUGAAGUUCACUGCGUCUCCAAGUGGGGUCAUGAUUUUCGACCCGAUUACAGGCGUUUGUCUGCGCUGAGAGAAAACUUCAAUGCAAAAAAGUUGCCAUUUUUGGAGUUUGAUAUACCCAUAAUGGCAUUGACCGCUACUGCCACUAUUCGUGUUCGGGAAGAUAUUAUUACAUCACUGCAUAUGUCAGAGGAUCCAAUGAUUGUUCUCACCUCCUUUUUCCGUCCAAAUCUUCGGUUUUCAGUGAAGCAUAGUAGAACAUGUUCAUCUUCGUAUGAGAAGGACUUCCGUGACUUGAUUGACGCAUACAGCAAAAACACAAGCCAAAAGUACAGUAAAAAGACUAAUCUGCCACUGGAAAACAUGUCGGUUGGUACGUCCAGCCGAGAUGAUAUAUGCAACUGGGAGGAAAGGGCUUCUGAAAGUGAAGAAGACGACGAGGAUAUAACUUUACCAAAGAGAAGAAAAUUGUCGGUUGAAUAUCUUGAAGAUGAGAGUGACCUGUUGAUAGAUGUAGAUGACUUUGACGUUACAUGUGGAGAAUUUGAUGGACGAACAUCCACAAAGGAUUUGGAUGUCUGUGAAGGGAAGACAGAAGGGCUAACAAUCAUUUAUGUCCCAACCAGGAAAGAAACGUUAAGCAUUGCAAAGUAUCUCUGUAGAUGCGGUGUAAAAGCUGCUGCUUAUCAUGCAAAGCUACCCAAAUCACAACUUAGGCAGGUGCACAAAGAAUUCCAUGAAAAUGCAUUACAGGUGGUUGUUGCAACGAUUGCUUUUGGUAUGGGUAUUGACAAGUUAAACGUUAGAAGGAUCAUUCACUAUGGCUGGCCACAGAGCUUGGAAGCAUAUUACCAAGAAGCAGGUAGAGCUGGAAGGGAUGGAAAAUUGGCAGAUUGCGUUCUAUUUGCAAAUCUAUCAAGAAUGCCAUCGCUUCUUCCAAACCGAAGGAGUGAAGAACAGACUAGACAAGCAUAUAAGAUGUUAUCUGAUUGCUUCAGAUACGCUAUGCGUACAUCGAGAUGUCGAGCCCAGAUGCUAGUACAAUAUUUUGGGGAGGAUUUUAGCGAUGAUAGUUGUCAUUUAUGCGAUGUUUGUGUUAAGGGACCUCCCGAACAGCAAAAUUUGAAGGAUGAAGCUCGAAUUCUUAUGCAGAUGAUUGCUGCUCAUUAUGAUAAAAGAAGCUAUAUGGAGAGCUCUUAUGAUGAUGACGACUAUAAUCAUAAUAUACGUAUGGAGAAGCCGAAUGUCAAGAUGUUUGUUUGUAGAAUUCAGGAACAGAAUCAACAACUUGAAACAACUGAUCUUUUAUGGUGGCGAGGCCUCGUACGUAUCCUGGAAGACAAAGGGUUCCUUAGAGAGGGAGAUGACAAGGCUCAUGUUCAGAUAAAAUAUCCUGAACCAACAAAACUCGGGUUGGAAUUUGCAUUUGCGGAAACCGAGAUGGUACAAUCGUUCAAUGUUUGGCCUGAAGCGGAUAUGUUGCUCUCUAAAAGCAGGCCCAAAUCUUAUUCUUCUUUCGUUGAAUGGGGAAAAGGAUGGGCUGACCCCGAGAUUCGUAAGCGCAGGUUAUCAAGAAAUCGGCCAUGGAAACAACCACGCCGAACAAACAAGCAAACGGUUCGAGGGAGAUUAGCUGCUAAGCUUUCAAAAUAAGAUUUGUAAAAAAUUUAUAUAUACACUAUUCUUUUUCAAACAGGUUAAAUGUAUUUUUUUACGAAACGAGUAAUCAAAUACCGGUACUGGUAUCAAAUUUACCAAACCGGGUAUAUUUUCGGCA